GCAAUAUGGAUUACUUCCUGGGAAAAGUGACCCAGCAGGCAAUGAACUAUGCCAUCCGCUCCGGAGUGGCCUUGACGGCGUCUUAUGCCAUCAGACAGUCAAACAAACUUCUGAGCAACGCGCCGAAGAGCAACGCGAAGGACGAGCUACUGGUGGCACAGCAGCAACUUCAGCACAAGAUUCGUAUCAUUUCACCCGCGAUUGACAUGAUCGAAUUGAUAGCAGCCAGAGGAAACACAUCGCUAGAGUCAGCAGUCUCAUUGACGAAAGAAUUGCGUUUGGAAAUCCAGUCCCUCGGUCAGCGACUCGCACAGGCGGCAGAUGCAUCUGAGACUGCAAACAAAAGCAAACUCAGCAGUCAAGCCAGAGCUCAAAGCGAGUAUGAACUCAAGCUAAUCGUCGCUGACAUCAAACAACUGCUCAGACGACUCGAGGACGCCAUUCCUCUGAUCAACUUGGCCAUCACUACUUCCGGCGCAAGCCUGUCGACAAGCCUCCCUCACACCGUCUCGCCGUCCCGCCUGUUACAGGCCAGCACAUUCCUCACGGCCGGCGACACACAAUACUCAAUCACUCCACAGCGAGCCGUACAAAUUGGACCGACCUUCACGUUGACCGUGUACAUGCUUUUUGCCGGGCACGAUCGCCCACAAAACGAAGAAGAAAUUCGAGAGACGACGUGGAAAGAAGUCAUUCACAAAGCUCGGGUCAAACUGCGCCGUGUCCCUCUCGACACCGUCACGAAUUUAACAUCGGGAACUGACAACAUGUCUUCCGAUGAGAUUCCCACGUCAUCACCAUUCUCACGAUCACGAAUCAUACCAGCCAACAAUCGUGCUGAUGAAUAUGCGUACCAAAUCAUGAUAAUCGAGGACUUUGAUGACGAUCGCGUACACGAUUUCGAAGACGAUCAAGCACGCCCGGGGCCUUUUGACGACGUCUUGCUCGCCGGAAUCCGUGAGACGAUCCCUGUCCACGAAAUCUCCAAGAUCUUCUACGCCGACACGAGUAAAGUUCUGAAUAUUGGGUCUGAUGCAGAAAGCAAUCAUCCGGUCUUACUCCUAAAGCGCGAUUUGAACGCGGUUCCGCCACGACGAAUGAUGGAGAAGGAUAAUCCUGACGACGACGACGACGACGACGACUCACCGUCUGAUCAAGACCAACCUGUAAAAGCAUCCGUGAAUGAUGAAUACAACAACGGUCGACGGGACCCGUGGCGUUUUCCACCGUCUCUAGAUCCAGAGUGGAUCGCGUUCGAAGUGUACACCGAAUCCGAGCCUGAAGACUCGGAAUCCGAACUCGAAGAAGGCGACAACCCCCGCGCGGAUGCGGAUGUCGAACCCUCACGGCUUUCCAAUUUAAUGUCGAACAUGCGCAUCAACGGCAGCGGCAGUCCCGGCUCGCAGCAGCUCCAGACGACGCUGCGACAGCAGGACACCACGGCAGACCGGUCCCCGCCCUGGGUGAACGGGAUCAAGACUUCGCUGUCCCUGCUCGAGCUCUUGCUGCGCCUGACUUCACUCCAACAGUUCCAGCAGCAGUCGCACCUGAGCAUCACGGACGAACUGCUCAACUUCUUCCUCGAGGAGAGCGCGACGACGGGGGCCGGCGGCGACGAGCAUUACAGGCAGGCCCUCCGCGCCGAGGCGAGGAGGAGGGUCGGCUGGGACCCGUACGACGAGAGCCCCAUGAAGAGACGCGGCGAGGAGUACCAGUACUACGCGGGCGGCGGUGGCAGCCCGGCGAUGACUCCCUCCGGCGCCGCGGACGAAGGUGGCUGGGCGGCGGGGAGUCCCGGGAGUCCGAGGGAUGCGCCCGGGCUCGCGUCGUCACCGCUGGGAUCGCCGCUCGUCGACAGGGAGAGGAGUGGUCGCGGCGGCGGCGGUGGCCGAGCGUCGUGGCUGAGGCGGCAGGGUGAUGGUGCGGGUAGUAUCGGCAGGAAGGGCAGUCCGCUGAGGCCGUCCACCGCGCAUACAGACGAAGGCAUCGGGACGAGCCCGGCUAGCAAGGGAGACAUUUGACGUUGGGGGGUCGCAGAGUGUGUGUGCUUCCAUGACGAGACUUGCGCAAGAGUGUUGUGUAUUUAGUUUCACGUUGGGCGCGGGGUUUUACGAGACGAGCAAGUUCAAAGCGAAUUCGCGGGCGAGUAAUGGAGUGCGUGAGGUGUGGAUAAUUUUAGGUACUGACAAAACUGUGAUACCC